UGUAAAGCAAGGUGAGAAAAAAAUUGUUUCUGAAGUGGAACUAGAUCAAUUGAGUCAGAUUCGACCAUUAAUAUUCAAUUUGAAUGAGCAGGCAUCCAUCUCGGAUUGUUUGAAAAUGCUCAAGAAAAAAGUAGCAGAUUUUGAUUUCAUCCAAGAGUUUAGGGAGUUAGAACAUAUAGUUCUGCCUGGUGAGUUCACCUCUGGGAUUGAUCCACAUAACAAAGAAAAAAACAGAUAUCGAGAUAUUCUUCCAUAUGAUUCCACACGUGUUGCUCUUGGAAAAAACAAAGACUACAUCAAUGCUAGUUACAUUCGAAUAGUCAAUUUUGAAGAAGAGUAUUUUUAUAUUGCUACCCAAGGACCACUGCCAAACACCAUAGAUGACUUUUGGCUAAUGGUUUUGGAAAAUAAUUGUAAUGUUAUUGCCAUGAUAACCAGAGAGAUAGAAGGUGGAAAUGUCAAAUGUCACCAUUAUUGGCCAUACUCUCUGAAGGAACCUUUGGAGUUGAAACAUGUCCGGAUCUUCCUGGAGAACCACCAGAUACUUAAAUAUUUCAUCAUUCGAAUGUUGCAGAUUGUGAAGAAGUCCACAGGAGCUGCUCAUUUUGUAAAACACUUGCAGUUCACCAGCUGGCCAGACCAUGGCACUCCUGCCUCAGCAGAUUAUUUCAUAAAAUAUGUCCGUUAUGUGAGGAAGAGCCAUGUGACAGGCCCCGUGGUGGUUCACUGCAGUGCUGGUGUGGGCCGAACUGGGGUAUUCAUAUGUGCAGAUGUCGUGUUCUGUGCCAUCGAAAAGAACUAUUCAUUCAACAUCUUGAAUAUAGUAACUCAAAUGAGAGAACAACGUUAUGGCAUGAUUCAAACAAAGGAGCAGUACCAGUUUUGUUAUACAAUUGUGCUUGAAGUGCUUCAGAAACUUCAGACUUUGGAAUAAGACUUUUGUUGCCCCUCAGAAAUUACCAAGUGGCUU